AUGGCCGUGGCCAUGGGAAGCUCUGCUCCGCCUCCAGCUCUGGCACUGUCGGAGUGUCCCGGGCUCGGCCGGUUCCGGGGUGGUAGCGGAUGGAGCAACAAUCGAUUCGCUAGCCCUUUUCCUGUGAGAUGUUCAGGUGACCUCCAGAGCCACGCACAAUAUGAAUUUUCCAUUUUACACUAUUUCUGGGGGGUUUAACUGCUGUCCGGAAGCCUGCGUGUGGUCACUGGUCGAUUCCAUGUCCAAUAGGUGAUGAUGCUCACGCCCUUGUGGCUGGGUGUGAGCUCUGAGAAGGGAUUCUGAGGAUCUUCUUUAUUGAGCUUGGUUUAUUUCUGAUCCCACGGAAGCCUGAUUCGGGCUCGUUUCGAUGGUAGGAGCAAUGAUGCCUCAGACUGGUAUCCCGUUCCGGCGAUGAUUAUGCGCCUGUCUCUGUCAAAAUCCUGAACAUGAAAGCAGCACCACGAACAGGAAGAUUGUUCUUGUGGUUUAAUGAAAAAUGGUUUUACUGUUCGAAGAUUGUUCUAGUUGUUUUUCGUGAACUCAAUUUCUUUCUUUCUCUAUAAUAGCAUGGUGGUGGAACUGGGACAGAAGGCUGGACUUGGAUAUACUCAAAUAAUAUUUUACAUUGUAUUUAUUGAAUAAAAUUUCGGCGGAUUAUAGUUGGCAUUAACUUUGGUGUUAACACAUGAUCAUCUCUAUCAUGCUGACCUUUUCCGUACCCUCCCUCCUUCCUCUACAGGCAGCCAAAGUGGUCAAAAACUCGGUAGAACCGGCAAUUCAUCCCUCUCAGGACGAGAUAUCACUGGCUUGAGGAUGCAGAGACGUUUCUUGGGGGUCCCUGGUUGCACAGGUUCAACUGGAAAUCAGCAGGAAUCGUCAUCUCCUUCUGAGCAGUCAUCAAAGGCAUGCACUAGAGAAAGAUCCCCUAUCUACUUUUAAGUAAUUUAUGCUCAUGAUAUCUUUAAAUUCGAAAAAGUAUUUGUUUUAAUGUCCAUCUCAAUACCUCAGUCCAUAUCUGUUUUAAUAGUUCGUGAUUUUUCUCAUCUUAUUUAGAAAAAAAAUCCUUGAUUUUCUUCGUUGAUAACUUUAUUCCAUCUCUUGUUUUUAUAUAUAUUGAUGCCGUCGAUUGGUUCAUCAAAUCUACCCGAAAUUGUGGAUUCUGGAUGCAAUCAAGAACUAUAUCAUAUGUCAUGGUCGCGUGUCUUUCUAAAUCUGUUGUGGGUUUUUUUUUUCAGACAAACGAAAGCAUCUAUGUAAUCAGUGAAAUUAUUUUUCCUUUUUUGUGGAGUAUGAAUCCUGUUCUUGCCAUCUGCACAUCUUCUCAUGUACUUGUGCUAAGGGCACAGGUACCCUUUGGCUACACAAGGAAGGACGUGUUACUAAUCGGUAUAGGGACGACUGUGUUAGGUGUUGGUUUGAAGAGCGGUCUAGAGGUAUUUUCUCUACUACAGUUUCUGUCUGCUCCCAUUCUAUGUUACCUAGGAAUAACUUCGUUCCCCUCUGCUCAUCUUUUCAACUGCAGUAUUUUGGGGUUGAUCCUCUGCGGGCAGGUAAUUUCGUUCAAUUGUUUGUAGUGCUGGGGAUGACGGUUGGUUGGAUCUCGACAUAUAUGUUUAGAGUAGCAAACAAGGAUAUGACCUAUGCGCAGCAGCUGAAGGAUUAUGAGAAGAAAGUCAUGGAGGUCUGCCACUUCACCUCAUUUUAGCGAUAAUCUCAGCUGCUUUUUAUUGAUUAUUCUUCGUAGAAUAGUCCCAAAAUCAGAAAAAUAAAGAUAAAAAUCACGUCGUUAUAUAUAUGGGUUUGCUCAGUCCAUUGUUGGUUGACUUUGAGCCGUAUGCCUCAAUGGUUGACUUUGUUUUAAUGCAGUUAUAUUCAUGUAGCUGCUGCUUUUUAAUUUGCUGACGCAAUAAUUGCGUAAAUUUAUUUUCUUGAUUUCCUCCCUGAUAUAGAUCCAGGAGGGGAUAAGAACACUUUCGUUACAAGAUUUAGCCCUUCCUGUUACCAAAAGAAAAUAAAAUUCAUAUGUGUGGAAACACUGAACCAUAAGAAUAUGAUUCAUAUGAAUCAUAUUCUUCCCUUUUGCAGAAGAGGCUGGACAGCUUAACGGAAGCUGAACUGGAAGCGUUGAUGGAGCAAGUGGAGGAAGAAAAGAGGCAGGUUGCCAGAGGCAAGCAGGCUAAAUGA